UUACGAUUUAUGGCGUUCGUGACUGCUAGAAAGUACACCACUAUUCCUAUUCCAGUUGAUUAUUAACUUUCGUGUCGACCUGUUCUAUAUAUUAUAUUUGCGCAAUGAAUAUUAUUCCAAGGUUUGGAAAAAAUUUUAAAAAUGGAUUGUUCAACAUGACUAAAAAGUAUACUACCCCAAGUGUCACUCCAUCGAAUCCCCCGCCUACGAAUCCAAGUGUAACGCCUUCAUUCAAUUCAAAUAUUAAACUCCCACUUUCAAAUACAAGAAAAAUCAUGUGUGUCUGGGCUAAACGAUACCCCUCACUAAAAGAUGUUCCAGAUCACGUCACACCUGAAGUAUGGAACAAAGUUCGUUCUGUUGUACGAAUCAAAGUGGCUAACUACACAAUGUUCUUUAUAAUCUUGGGUUGUAUUGCAAUGGUUGUUACUGGCAAGAGAGCGCGUGACCGUGGUGAGACAUUAAUGCAAAGAAAUUUGGAUUGGCAUCAAAAGUACUCGGAAGGAAAAGAAGACAUAAAGAAUAUUGGUGUUUUUGGAAAAUAAUUAGUUUUAGAGAUAUCAAUUAUAUGCAUCCAAAAUAUUUGAUUGUUAAAAAUGUUUUAUUUCUAUUAAUAGCUAUUAUGUAAGUCAUUUAAAAAAAAUGUAUAGUUAUUAGUUGAUGCUUUUUUAUGUGUUCACAAAGUUAAUAAAAUCAUAAAUAUAUUUUUUAA